CUCUACAAGGACGUGGUGGGAUGGACAAUCAGCCGCCCCUCACAUCACCGGAUGGAUCCAGUCAUGGGAACCCACCAGAGAGAUGACAGGGUCCUCUGGUAUUCCGGGAUUCCACACAGGAAGGUCACACCAUGACAGUCCAGAUCACACCAUCAUCAGGUGGGUGGCCAGUGGAGGGAACCCACAGAGGUGGUUAAAGGAGAGAUAAAAGAGGAGGGAUGGAUGGGUGGGGGGAUGGAGGGCAGAGUUGGUGCGGGAGGCCACAAAGAUGGCUGUACCAGGACACCAUGGCCGGUGGAGCGGGAGGGCCGGUGCUACAGGAAGGCCGAGAGAUGAGGUCCUCUGUUGCAGUAGAUUCCACACAGGAAGGUCACACCAUGAGAUGAUAAUGGGAGUGGAAUCCUCGGGGAUGAGAAUAUUGAUGGUAAAGAAGAGUAUAAAGAGGAGGAUGAGGAGGAUGGAGUGAUGGAGGAGGAGUUUUCAGAAGGACACAAGGAGAUGAUGGAGCCACCUAAUACCAGGAACCCACCAGAGAGAUGUCCCCGUCCUCUGUAUUCCCGGGAUUCCACACAGGAAGGUCACACCAUCCCUCACCAUUGCAAGAGUGGAGAUCCAAUCGAUAUAGAAUUUGAGGUGAAAGCAGAAGAAGAAGAGGCGUAUGUGAGGGAUGAUCAGCAGUCUAUGGAGGAGGAUGGAAUAACGGGGACAUUUAUAGAGGAGGACACUCCUACAGAGAUCAGCACAGUCCAUGGCCGGGAGAUGAGGAAAACCUCCGAGGAUUGUCUCACUUUGUCUCCAGACUGGAAAGUAGAAGAUGAGGACAUCACACAGUAUAGUCCAGGAGAAAACCCGCUCCCUCCCAAUGUCCAU